AUGGAGAAUAACGUUACUGAGGAGGAAAACAUUUCUGGAGCCACAGGCCGUCGUGGCAGCAUGAAGAAAUUCUGGGAUUACAUUGUACGUAAUAUAUUUCUGGCUUCAAGUCUUACAGCUGUUGCAAUGGGUAUUGUCCUGGGCUUUAUUCUCAAGUUCUUCGUCCCUAUGUCCGAACAUGAACAACACUACCUCAGCUUUCCAGGCGAGAUACUCAUGCGGAUGCUUCAGGUGGUGACCGUUCCUCUCAUUGUUACAAGUGUGAUAACAGGUGUUUCUGGUCUAAGAGUUGAAACUUCUAGAAAAGUCGCCGUACGUUCAGCAGCAUACUUUUUCUCAACCACUCUUUUUUCUGUGACUUCAGGGUUGAUACUGGUGCUGGUGAUCAAGCCAGGAGUUGCUUAUGCUGAGAGAAAAGAAGAUAAUGAAGACGAGGAGUCCUUCUCCACAGUGGACGCCUUGUUCGAUUUAGUACGGAACAUUGUCCCACAAAACCUGAUUGAGGCUUGCUUCCGACAGCACAAGACUGAGAGGAUGGAGUUUAAAAUUGAAGAAGAUGAGCAGGGUUAUAGUGCGGAGACGAAUGCAACAGAAGUGCGACUUGUGGGCCAGGAUGUCGAAGGCGCCAACACAUUGGGCCUGAUUGUCUGGUCUUUUAUUUUUGGCAUAACCCUCAACAGGAUGGGACAACAUGGGGAAGUUCUUGUGGAGGCCCUUACUGUCCUCAACGAGGCCACAAAAUAUGUGGUCAACCUGAUUCUGGGUUACUUGCCUUUUGGAGUGCUGUUCAUGAUCACAAGCCAUGUCAUUGAGGUUCACGACUGGGAAUCAACCUUCAAACUCGGAAAGUUCAUGGUAGUAGUUAUUAUUGGGCUUAUAAUCCAUGGAGCAAUAGUUUUACCACUGAUCUAUUUCCUGUGUACAAGACAGGACCCCCGUGUGGUCAUCAAGGGAGUUUUACCUGCCUUAAUGACUGCACUUGUCAUCUCGUCCAGCUCUGCCACACUGCCGCUCACUUUCCAAUGUUGUGAGGAGCGACUCAAGAUCGACAAAAGAAUCAGUCGCUUCAUGCUGCCCAUCGGGACAAACAUCAACAUGGACGGCACUGCCCUUUACGAAGUGGUCGCAGCAGUUUUCAUUGCCCAACUCAACAAAAUCGAUCUGGACUUUAGCCAGUUGAUCACCCUCUCUGUGACAUCAGCAGUGUCCAGCAUAGGAGCAGCAGGGAUCCCAGCUACAGGAGCAGUGACCACUCUUUUUGUUUUGACGGCGAUUGGUUUACCUGCAAAGGAAGCUUCCAUUCUAGUGGUUGUAGAGUGGAUCCUAGACCGCUGCAACACGGUUAUCAAUGUCAUGGGAGACUGCAUUGGCGUGGCACUCGUUAACCAUGUGUCAAAAAAAGAUCUGGAAGACGUAGAGGAGCAAGGACAGGAAAUGGAAAGGAUGCAUGGCAGCGAUGCUGAUGGCCGAACACCAGAUGAGAUCCAGGUCCACAUCAGCAGCCAGGCUGACACCCCAUCAGCCCAAUACUGUGAUGCAGAGGACCACUUCCAGGACGAAAACCAGUCCAAAGAGGACUCUAUUCUUAAGAUCCUGUACGCCCCUCGAAAAUAUCUGUCAGACGAAGACAGCGAUGACGACGAUUACGUGUAG